CUUCUCUGAGCAUUAAUCGUGUGUAAAAAUGACCACAUUUUAUAAAAUCGCUACCACAUCGACAAGUGCGCUCUGCAUCGCGGUAAAUACGUAUUUAGCCGCAAACAUUUUGACGACACGGAGGCCGCGGAGAGCGGUGAAUAUUUUGAUCGCGAAUUGGUCCAUCGUUACCUGUGCCGUUGUCUGGCUUGGAAUUUUCGACAAUGUCGAAGCUGAAAGGUUCAUCCGGGGAAGGUGGACUUGUCGAGUGAUGGAGUUUCUGAGAAGUCGAGUUUUUUGAAAUUUUUUAAUUUUUUUGACUUUCUAAAGAUCAAGUGAUUUUCAUGAUUUUGUUUCAGACUGGAUGAUGAACAUGUAUCCGCUCUGCGUGCUGGACAUCAUUGACGAAAUGCAGACAAUGUUGGUACCUCAAUUUGGCAAAUUGUAUUAUUUGCGGAAUUUAGCAAAGGCCUGGAUGAUCUCGGUAUCUGUUGCUGCCUACGGAGCUUUCUUGACCCAUUUCAACUUCAGCAAGGAAAUCGGAGGAGGAAAACUUGUCAGGAGAUGCGUCCGGGAUCCCGUUCGGUUUAAUACCUUGCUCACCAUCGCGGACACGCUCCGGGCAAUACUGCUGGUUUGUAUGGCCCCAGCUUGCAUCAUUCACGACUUUCGCGAGUACUACGGCAAACUAGUUGAACGGGCAGCACAGCCGCAGGGAUCCGAUCUCGGGAGCGAGCUGAUGGCCGAGAAAUUGCGAAGAGUCCGUCGGUUUGGGGUCUACUGCGUGGUCGUCGUCUUGAUCUGGAUCCCGUUGGGAAUGUGGUUGACCUGGGAGAGAAUCGUGAUGCGGGAAGUAGCCGGGGUGGAGGGCGAACCUAAGGGAGACACGUGGAUCUGGGAAAUGGGACUUGUCCUGUACUACACUUUCAUCGGGGCGGGACCAUCCCUCGCUUUAUGGACGGACGAUGCUCUCCUUGGGACGAAGUUCGUUGACCUCUUCAUACCCGAGGAGAGACCGGCCAGAGAGGCGGAUGAGGAAGAGGACGAGCACGUGGAGGUUGCAGACAUUCACGGCAACAGGAUUGAGGUCCAGCAGUAGGUCAUCAUUCGCUGAGUUAAUUGGGGGCUGUGCUCUCCACCAAAAUCGUCAAAAUCAGCAUAUUGUUAAGCAUCUCUAAACUGGAAAUUUUUUGAAAAUUCUAGUAAACGAGGUCGUAGCACAGGUCGUAGCCAAUUAAAAAAAUAUAUUGUUCAGAUUUUGACAAUUUUAGAAAGAGGAGAUCUCGAGACGAAGAAACCUUCAGAUAAAUUGAAACUCGUCGAUAGCAACCAGAUUUUUAAAUAUAUUCAAGUAGGCAAAAAAACGUGUGGGUUUUAAUGAUUAUGGUGAUACAUAAGCAAAUUAAAUCCCUAAUUUAAUUUGAGUGAAGGAACAAAUAAUGGACAUUGAUAGUGUUUGGUAUGAAUUCCAUUGCUAUGGAAACCUCACCAGUAGUAAUUUCUCCGGAGUAGUCGAAGUAGUAGAAUAUAUAGUCGGAAAAAAAUAUAUGGGCAUGAAUAAUAGUAAAAUUAGUCGAACAAAUAUGUAUUUAGAUGCGAAGUGA